AUGAUAACGUUCGAUAACUUACCGACAGAGAUUCUGAUACUCAUAUUCUCACAUGUUUCCCCAGCAUACAAAUGUCGCCUAUGUCUAUGUUGUCGAAGACUCAAAGAUAUCAUAUACUUGACAUCCGGAUACUGGAACGAUCUUAAUUUAUCUCCAUUCUGGAAACGCCUUAAAAACGAACACCUAAUCAGUCUGCUGCGAACACGUUGGAGACUUGGUCCGCCAUCCCACCGUCAAUCGACUGGUCGUAAACUCGAUCUCAGUGGAUGCUAUCAUAUACAAUCGCAUGUUCUUGAGAUAAUUUCAAAGGAAUAUUUCCCUAUAGACGAGCUACAUCUAAACAGAACUCCUCGAUACGAAACGUGGAUCAAUGACCCAUGGUUGAUCGAUCAAUAUUAUACAGACAAUCCUGCAUUUAAUACUUCCGGUCGAUUAACAUAUUGGAAUGUACCAAGCUCUCGCUUCAACAGGGCAAACAGGGUAAUGAGAUCCAAUACCACAUUGCAAAUUGGUGUCAAGGCGGUAGAGCUUGCAUUACCACAAACAUCGAGAACUUUGCGAUCACUAUCAUUAGCAGGUCUACAAUUCCACCAAAAUGCAAAAGCAGCGAUGGCCAUUAGCAGCUGUACCCAGCUGACUGAACUCGAUCUUAGUGGAACGGAUAUGAAUAUUCCAGCACUCAGAUACGUGUUGGCCAGCUUGAAAAAAUUAGAGUCUCUGAAGCUGCUUGAUGUGCUUUUAGAUCCAUUUACAAUGAUUAUUAUAGAACAACUAACUAGUCUUCGGUUACUACACGUUAGUGCAUCUGAUAUAACGACGGCUGGGAUUGACCCUGUAGCGAGAAUCGUUAGAAAAUUGCAUAAAUUGGAAGACUUUAGACUGAAUCAGAUUAUCGGAAAGUUAGAUCUAGUUAUCGAUGGGUUACGAACGAGAACGUCCCUGAAGCAUUUGGAGUUAUCCCCAAAGACGUAUCGGGGGUACACGGGAGAAACCGUGGGUAUGGCUGACAUAAAGCUCAGUAACAUGGCUCUUUCUUGUCUGGCGACACAUCACCUGAAUUUAGUUACACUUCGUAUAAUUAAUGCAUCACAAAUAACGGCAAGAGGCCUUGAUAAUUUGUUAUGUGCGCUUCGUCAUCUGGAAGUAUUAGAAUUAAGACGAUGUGAAACGCUAUGGUUGGAUCCGCUGAGGAAAUUGACACCGGAGUAUUGUCCGUUACUACGAAUAUUAGUAUUGAACGGCAUUGAUAUUUACGAUUAUUCGCAAUGGACUGACGGAGAUAGAUUGUUCGAGUACUUGGAAGUUCUUGAUAUAAUGGAUACGCCCGGAUUUAAUACUCAAGUAAUGAAUAGGCUACUCGACAAGUCAAAGAAAUUGAAGAAAUUAAGAUUCUAUGGAACAACGGUGGACGAGAAGCAAAUACCAAUGAAUAAACUAAUUAGCUGUGUGAAUAAAUGGUGGGAUGUAAAGUUCAAGUAA